AUGCUUAGUAAGUCUAUCCGUAUAAUAAACCAAGCCAAUUCUGUUGAAUUAAUAAACAACAAGGCGUAUACAGGCAAGAUAAGAAUAGACAGAAAAAUGAACAUAAUAACAGACAAGUCAAUCAUAAAAGCAAAAUAUAUUAGAUAUAUACUAAUAAGUAAUGAAGAAUUAACAAAAAUAUUAAACACAAUAAGUAAUAAGUAA